AUGGACACUCAAUUAUUUUCCACAUUAUUAGGAGCAAUUCCUAGUACUCCACCACCUCUGGAAUCUUCCCGACUCUACAGUGACUGGGCAGCGUGUGGAGAGGAUAUUGGCUCAAGCACUGCUUUCCAGGACUGCCCAAAGAAACGGGCACCAGUAAAUCUUUCUUAUUCUGGCAAUGGCCCUGACAUGUUUGGGCUAGUGUCAAGCAUUUUAGAGGAGCCAAACAAGCCUGAGCCAGUAACAGAUUGGAAUUCUCUUUCAAGAUUGUUUCCUCCUAUGUGGGCAUCUGAUCUUGGAAGCAAUGGUGAAUUCUCAGGGCUCUCAACUAAGCACUCUGUGGAAAGUAAGGAUUUUUCAAACCUGAUGGGCACACAGAGCUGCCAUCAGGAACACCUGCAGAAGUCUCCUGAUGUGAUGUUACACAGAGGCUUGGGAGAUCUUCAGUUGAUAGAGUCUUGGCUUUCUCCAUCUGGGCCUUGCACUCAGCCUGACAAUGUUCUGAAGAACAGUUACCCUGAAAAUUAUGCAUUGCAAAACAACAACACAAUUCACCCAGAAGAAUUUUCAUUUCAAAAUGGAAAUGAUAAUCAGCCUUUGUGCGGUUACAACCAUGUGAGGUUAAAUGGUGACUAUGAAAAGCUUGGUUACAAUUUAAGCCCUUUUUCUCCUCAGAACAAACUGAAAGAAGGCACUAACAUUCAGAAAGAGCAUUGGAAAAGUGAAAGAGCAAGAGGCAAAGCUCUGAAAAAUUAUGCUCAAGAACAAACUAAGUAUUCCCCGGAGUUUUCCAAUCAGCCUUUUGAUAACUCUUGGGAUAAAGUAUCCCAGGACAACCUCUUGUUUUCUAAAAGAUAUGAAAACUUCACAGCUGCUCAUAAACUGCAGUCAUCUGUUCAUCCAUCACUAUCCUUUUUCAAUCAAGCCCCUAAGGAAAAUAAAUUUUGUGGAGGAACAGUCAGAAAACUCCAAGAAAGCCAAAAUGGCCAUUGUGGCUUUACUUUGGGGGAUGCUUUUAAUAAUAAUGAAUGUAAGAUUCAUAUUGGUCCUAAAGAAUGCUCUCAUAAAGCAGCUGAAUAUGAUUUACCUGUGAAAAAUGCUAUGCAAAAUGGGAGUUAUUCAUCCUACCACAGACAUAUGUGGCUGGAUGGGAAAGGUCUGACAGCUGCGUCGGAUAUCCCAUAUGGAAAACAAGUGGUAACAAGUCCACAGUCAUCUUCAGGGGUUUCAACCAUGUCUGGUGGUUCUCCAACUCAUCAGUCUGUAACACAGUCCUCUUACUUCUCACAGCUCUUACCUGUUCUCCCUCCAAGGAAAGAUGGAAGGUUACAAAUAUCAAAUGGUGUUUCUAAUAAUCUGGGAGUUUCUAAUUUCACCUCAGAAAACCAGAAGCAAAUUAAACCCAUUGGCCGAUCCCAGCAGGAUUCAUUGACUAAUCAGGAGGGGCCAUACCCUAAAUUCCCUGUUCAUUUUUCAUCUGACUGGUUAACUCAGCAGAAGGCCGUAAGGGAAGACCAUGGAAAAUACCACCAAUUUCCAAAAAAACAGACUCAAGAGAAUUAUAACAAAGAUGAUAGAAGAGGCAGAAGGAAUUGGAUUCCUCAUUUUGGAUAUAAACCCCCAAACAGUCAGCAGUUCAAUAUGUUCCCAAAAAACCAUGAACAGAAUGGUGGCAGCUUGUCAGAUUUCAUCAAUCCUUCUCUUCUUCCUUCUUUCCCAUUAAUGUCUGAUUUGAAGCAAAAUCCCAACUUCCCACCAUUUAAUCACCAUCUAUUUUCAUCAGCAAAUAAUUUGGGUUUUCCUCCAGCACCAUUUCCAUUCUCAGAACUUGUUGAUCUGUUUCACUAUGAUGACCUUAACCCCCUGAGUCCCUUCCUCAAUGAUCUCUUUUGUGGGGAUGUAGCUGCACCCUACUUUGGCUUUCCAACACCAUUUAACAAGUACAGACCUCCAAGGAACCGCAGUGGACCUGCCAACGAGCUUCAUAUCCGACUGGAGGAGUGUUAUGAGCAGUGGAGAGCUUUGGAGAAGGAGAGGAAGAAGACUGAAGCUGAUCUUGCAAGAAACUUCCCAGGCAAGCGCAUCUCUAGCUCCAGUAACAGCCCUGUGUCCCGACUCCCUGCCAACCCAUCCCGAGUGGAUCGGCUGAUUGUUGACCAGUCACGAGAGCACGCCAGGGUUCUCACAUUAAUAGGAAAAAUGGAAAGGCUUUGUGGUACCUCUAUGCAUAGGAACAUAUCCACGGCUUUGGAACAGCACAUGGAAGCCAUUCAGGUCACACAGGCACGGCGCAAGGAGGAGAUUGCUAAUGCUGCUAAUCCACAGAGACAAGGAGUGCCAUGGUAUAAUAAUGAGAAAGAUGUGGUGGCUCUGGCAGGUGCCAUCAGAGAACUGGCUGCUGCCACACGCAGGGCUCGGACCGCUCUCUGGUGUGCCUUGCACAUGACUUUGCCAAAAAACCCUUCAAGUGGACCAGCAAAGGAAGAAGUCCUUGAAAGGGCAUUGCAAGAGCUUUGUCCUCCAUGCACAAGCACACAAGAAAAAAGCAGCACAGAGCACGAAGACAAAGGAAGUGAAAAAGAAAAGCCUGAGGAAGCGUUGAGGAUUCUAGAAUAA